CUGGGCUGCAGCUAAAAAGCAGGUAGAGGAGGAAGAGGUAGGGGCUGAUGUAAAAGAAUCUGUCUCCAACCAGGUUCAGGCUUCUCCCUCUUCCUCUAAGAAGAAGAACAAAAAGAAGAAGAAGAAGAAGCCCAAUGACAAAGACCAUGGCGGGCAUAGUGAAAGUGAGUAUUGUAUUGUUGGCUUCAUCAAUAUCAAAUGCACACUGGCUAAUGAGUAAAUCACUUCAGGCCAUCGCCAUGGCGAUGGCAAACUGACAUUCACAACCAUCCCCUCCUCUCCUGAAGAGUUUUCAGACGCUCUUACUUCUCCCCCAUCUCAUACUAUCUCCCACCUGACAUCUCCGCAGGACUCAGAUGCUGAGGAACCAAAGAUGUCAACCGCUGAGACAUUCACUGUGUCGUUAGAGCACGAGAGCAACUAUCAAGGUAAGUGAACUUGGCUCAUGACGCAUGACGCGGGCUCCAUUCAAGCUCUGUCCGUUACGUCGACAUACCUUGCUAACCAGUUCGUAAGAUACUGAAGAUCCGCAGGAGAUCAGCCCUGAGGAGCAGCUCAGAAAACGUGUCGAUGCCAUCGCCUUACUUCGCGCUCGCGCUAGCUUGCGUCGCGCUCAAUCUGAGCCAAGCACACCAGGCGACUCGCCAGUGAUCUUGCCAAUCGUGGGCCCCAGCAUGGAUCUAAACAAAACCUUUUCCGAAGCUUCAUUGGACACUCCUCAGCAACAGAAGAAAAAGAAGAGGAAGAGGUCCAAGAACAAGAAGAAGAGGAAAAGAAAUACCGUUCCCGGUCUAGAGGAUCCUUCUACCGUGAAGAAAGAUGUCGAGCCCCCUCAUCUUUCUGCUCAGGAGACUUUGAAGUUGGAAUACAGUCCUUCUACCAGAGGCUGUCAAACCCCAGUUUCAGUUGGCUCUUCGGCCUUGCAGUCUAUCAGACGCGAGGAAGAGAAAAGUGAGAAGCUCACAUCUGAUUCAGAAGCCUCUAAGACAAUCGAUAUGGAAGGAACUGUGGAUUCCCUGGAGGAUUGCGCGUCUGACGCUCCUCAUAUUACAGAAAAUGACUUUCCACCCCUUCCUUCGACACCUCGGCAGUCGACCGUAGAACUUUCCAAGAAGUCUAAGGAUGCCGAGCAGUCCAUAGAGUCAGAACCCGCAAAUUUGGCUAGGACUACUCCCGAGAACGAAUGUCAGGGCAAUGGCUCGGAAUCGCUCCACCGAGAGUCGCAGCAAACUGCCUCUAAAGAAACCGUGAUUCCCCCUAUGUUGAAGGGCCAGGCCAACCAGGAGAGCGGUCCCACAGCCCUACCGAUACUCACACCCAUCCAUGAAACGGGCGAGUCCUCCGAGGGAGCUGAACAGGAUCGGACUGGUGUCAAUACUCCUGCCUCCGAACUUUCAAACACCGAGCCACCGAGCAAGAAAGGCAAGGAAAAUGAAGUUCAGGUCAUUGUCCCCGUCUCCAAAGCCCCAAAAACUGAGUCAUCAAGCAUCAAAGGCAAGGGGGGAAAAGAACUCCUAGCUGUCAAGAGCCAUGUUCAUCCUGCCCCACGACAGGGGCAAUCUCAGCCGCCUUCGGGCCAACGAAACACCGUAUCCAGCCAGAGGAGACCGCGAUUCUUCUGGCAGCUUGACAGCCAUGGUUUCCCAUGCCAGAUGCCAGAUUGCAAUAAGCGCUGCUGCCUGUGGGAUGGAUCUGUCGUCUGUCCGAGGUGUGGGCCGUUCUCGGAGGUCCGUUAUUGCAGCAAAGAGCAUCUCUUCGCCCACAUUAAACAGCACUGGCUAACAUGGUGCGCCAAAUUAGCGUUCAAAGAACCCUACGCGGUCAGUUGCCUUCCUACACAACUCGAAGAAGGAAUGCCCAUGAUACCUUGUCGUCACCAUUGGGACACCCCCGAGCGUCAGCGCCAAGCCGUACACUAUGCUAUGAAUACAACAGGCGAUUACUUUAUCUUCGCCGACUGGCUAGAAUUUGUAGCUGCUGGGAGCCCAGAAGAUAAAAAGACUAAGAACGAGUUGCGUUGCUCUUCCAAAGUAAUCCGUGCUGUCAGAUUCGACGAUCCUGCGGAGAAGGAUCGAUUCCGGCGUAUUCUCGCGAUAUGCCUCUUUAAUGCUCUUGAAUUCCCUGCCCUCGUUGGAUACAUGUUCCGCUUGAUACGGGACAAUCUUCGGGCACGUGGGGAAUGGAACUCCGUAAUCGACAAUUCACUGCAGUAUCAAUGGGUGGGCGAACAAGGCGAGGAGUUGGAUAAAUCGCUCAUCGGCGAAAGGCAUGCCUGCGAGUCAGAAUGGAAUGGGGCCUACCCUGGCUACUGUACAGAUGAAGCCUGCAAUAGCGAAUGUGGUAGAGAAAUAAGUGACUUCGGAGCGAGUACGGGCUUUCGCCAAUUGUGCGAGUUCCUUGAGGCCAACUUCUGGGUUCUUCGAGCAGCGAGGACCACCCAUCCAAAAGUUACCCAGGUUGCCGCACGGACGCGUGGCGAGGGUUUCCCAGGUGUCCAUGAAAAGGACAGGAGAAUGUUCCGACGUGGGCCGGGUUGGGAUGGUGGUGCAGACUGUGAACCACUGGAAAUCGAGUGGCCUAUGGUGAAACCUCUUGACCUCUUGGAUCAUGAAGGCAAACUGCUCGCGCCACAGUCUUCAGCCAGCCAUUGAUGGCCGUUCUGCGUCAGAAAGGAGGGUAAGAAAUGGGAUAUGGACAUUCGACGUUGAAUAUCGUCUGCUGGAUACCGACUGACUUUGGUUUCCCUUGGCUGUUUUGUACUAUUCCGCGUAUGAAUUCCAUCCUGGAUAUCAAAGUAGAAAUGGUGGGAAAGGAUUUGAAAGAAAGGGUAGAAAGAAAGAAA